UCAAUAAACAUGAAAUGCAACAAAGUCAGGAAUCGUAUAAUUCACAGGAUUUGGAGGAGCUAAUGAUACAACAAAGAAAAGGUUUGGGUUCCAUUAAAGCUUCCUUGGAUGAUAUUGAAAAUGGUAUUAAAUUAAGUAAACUUACACUGGAUGUUAAGCCAGAUGCAACAACUCAACUCAGUCGAGAUAAACGGAAAGCUGUGAGGCGUCCAAAUCCUUUUAUAAAAAUCAAAUUACAAAAAACUCCCGAUAUAGUGUUGUUUGAACAACGCAGCACCACUGUGCUGAAAGACACCGAAGAGGGCUGCUUGGUGGAGGCAGAUAACAGGCGUUAUGAGUACUUAACACAAGGUUUGGGUCGCAGACGUAUAUGUUUUCCGGUGGAAACCCAAACGGCCCAGGAACUUACCAAAACUCGUGGUGUGAAUACGGAUUCGAUAGCUCGCAAUAAUGUGGCUUCGUAUGUUUCGAAUUUUGAAAUGUUUGAUACGUAUAAGGAUCUUGAGAAGACCACACAAAGUGUGGAUGUAGAUGGUACACAGAAAAUCCAAGUAACCACUUAUAAGGUGGGUGGUGUGGAUCAAUUUGUGGCUAUAAAUCAAACGCCCAAAUUCAAGUUGGCCUUAAUGCUAACCAUGCGCAUACUGGCGGGUAAUACAUUUGAGUCGGAACAAAGAAGAUUUCGCAACAUGAUUAUGCCGGAUCCUUUGGCUUUAGAGGUCAACUAUCGUUAUAAUGUACAGCUCUUGUGGUCUUAUGCUGGCAGUUUCUCUGCCAGUGAAAGUCGUGCUGUGGCUGAUAUGAGUUGGUGUCCCAAAAAUGGCGAUAUAUUGGCAGUGGGUUAUGGCACAUUUAGUACCAUGUGUGGAGUACUACCCAAAACGGGCAGUGUUUUCAUAUGGAAUAUAAAAAAUCCUGUUAACCCUGAAAGAAUGUAUAGUUUUCAGGCUCCCGUGGUGACAGUGGAAUUUUCACCAUUCACUCCACAACUUUUAGCCAUCGGCCUAUAUGAUGGCAGUGUUUUUAUCUACGACAUAAGUAACAUGGAAAAUCCUCAAAUAUGUGUUUCUCCCCGUUUGUCCACUAUCAGUUGCGAGCCCAUAACUUCCAUUAAAUGGAUAGCCCAUAAUGAUAAUGAAACAAGGCUGCAUGAUUUGGAGCCCUUAUUGGCUUUAUCGCGGGAUGGCAUUAUCACCAGAUACACCAUUGUUAAUAGCCCUAAUCUGUUGGGUUUUCAGCAAAUGAAAUUGGAUCGUAUUGAGGGUAAUGUGGAAGGUUUAGAGAUUGCAAAGACGUCAUCAUCACUGAUGGAAGCUAAUCGUCAUCCUCAGGGUAUUUAUAUAUGUUUGGAUGCUGUGCAAAAGGAUGUCUAUUAUGUGUUAACCGAUGAAGGUUGUUUGCAUAAAUGUUCGACCAAUUAUCCGAAUCAACAUUUGGAAGUGCUGCAAUUGCAUGAAGCUGGUGUCAAUUAUAUGGAGUUCUCACCAUGGUCAACGAAAUUGUAUUUAACGUGUGGAAAUGAUUGGUGUAUACGCAUUUGGCUAGUUGGCAUACAGAAACCUUUAAUAACAUUAAAAUAUCAUAUGGGUCCAGUUCAUGCCGCCAGUUGGAGUACCACGCAUUCAUCCAUUAUUGUGGCAUUACAUCGCAAUUCAUUAGAUAUAUGGGAUUUGAAAAGAAGUAUAUUGAAACCGGCAUCCAGCACCAAAGUUAAUAAAGAACCUUACUAUACCACAUUUAAACUCUCACUUUGUGGCCGCACUGUAGCUGUGGGCAACAGCAGUGGCUGUGUGGAAAUGCUGGCCUUUGAAGAUAUGCCGUUCUCACCACACUUUCAAUAUGAUCAUUUGGCAAAAACUAUUCACAAAAUAUUGGCUAAUGACAGGGAACUGCUAAGGGAUGUUAAAAGUUUGGGAUAUUUUGGUUAUUAAAAUGGAAAUUUCGAAAUCUUGCAACCAUAAAAUCUUUUCCUUUUGCAUUUUUUUAAUCG